AUGGGUAUCUCACGCGACUCUCGUCACAAGCGAUCCGCCUCCGGUGCCAAGCGCGCCUACUACCGGAAGAAGCGCGUUUUCGAGUCUGGCCGUCAGGAGGCCAACACCCGUAUCGGCCCCAAGCGCAUCCACACUGUCCGCACCCGCGGUGGCAACCAGAAGUUCCGUGCUCUCCGUCUCGACUCUGGUAACUUCUCGUGGGCCUCCGAGGGCAUCACCCGCAAGACCCGUGUCAUCGUUGUCGCCUACCACCCUUCCAACAACGAGCUGGUCCGCACCAACACCCUGACCAAGUCCGCCAUUGUCCAGAUCGAUGCCGCCCCCUUCCGUCAGUGGUACGAGGCCCACUACGGCCAGGCUCUCGGCCGUCGCCGACAGCAGAAGCAGGGCAAGGAGGAGGAGCAGGUGAAGAAGAGCCACGCCGUCGAGAAGAAGCAGGCCGCUCGCUUCUCCGCCUCCGGCAAGGUCGACUCCGCCAUUGAGAAGCAGUUCGAGGCCGGUCGUCUCUUUGCCGUCAUUGCCUCGCGUCCCGGUCAGUCCGGCCGCUGCGACGGCUACAUCCUCGAGGGUGAGGAGCUUGCCUUCUACCAGCGCAAGCUCCACAAAUAG